AUGACCGCGUUGACUAGCGAAACACAUAAACAUCAUAAAAAAAUCUGGUAUGCGCCACAUAAAUUUGAGGCCUAUGGUGAAGAAGAAAUAAAUGCAGUUGAAAAAUGUUUGCGGCUAGGCUGGUUAGCGCCGGGUCCCAUAACUGAAAAAUUUGAGUGUGAAGUGGCCAAAUUAUACGAGAAAAAAUUUGGAGUCAUGGUCAAUUCGGGCUCGUCUGCCAAUGUUCUCGCGUUACUCAUUGCAGGACUGAAAGCUGGAGAUGAAGUCAUUACACCUGCUUGUACGUUCUCGACAACUGUUGCACCCCUGGUACAACUCGGUAUGAAGCCGGUUUUUUGUGAUGUUGAACUUGGAUCGUAUGUGCCCUCUGUCAAACAAGUCAUGGAAAAAGUAUCCUCGACAACAAAAGCUCUCUUUUUACCCAAUUUAAUUGGAAGUAAGCCCGACUGGGAACGAAUGAAGGCUGAAUUAUUUACGCUGGGACGACGAGAUAUUCUAUUAAUCGAAGAUUCAUGCGAUACCAUCACUAGUACACCCAUAACGGAUAUAUCUGUGGCAUCGUUUUACUCAAGUCACAUAAUCACAGCAGGCGGUGGAGGAGGCAUGGUAAUGUGUAAUCAGCAACAGCAGCGAGAUUUGGCAAUUCAAUAUCGUGACUGGGGACGAAUGGGCACAAAUACCGAAAAUUUUUCAGAGAGAUUUGGUUAUGACAUUGAUGGCAUGGAGUAUGAUUUCAAGUUUCUCUAUCCACUUCUCGGUUACAACUUUAAAUCGACGGAAAUGAAUGCUGCUUUUGGUAUUGAACAACUGAAAAAAUUAUCGCUUUUUAAACAAAAACGUCGAGAUAACGUUGCUCGUUAUGUCGAACAACUCAAAGAGCUUGAAAAAUUCGGUCUCGUGUUACCUAAACAGCAUGACAAAAUGGAUUGGUUGGCGCUACCACUUAUGUUUCCAAAUCGAAAGCCUCUUCUUCAAAAAUUAGAAGAUAAUGGGAUUCAAACACGCGUGUGUUUUGCUGGUAACGUCACACGUCAUCCAGCAUAUCGGCAAUAUCUUCAAGAAUUUCCAAAUUCAGACGAAAUAAUGAAAAAUGGUUUUCUCCUUGGCGCACAUCACGGUUUGGAACCCGAUGAUGUUGACUAUGUUUGUCAAGUCAUGAAGGCUCAUAUUAUGAACAUAUCACACAGCAAAAAUGUUUAA